AUGAGGCUACUACUUUCUACGACUUUUGCAGUGAUGGCCUUUUGCUGCCUGUCUUUUGUUGAGUGCUCCUUGUCGGACGACACAGGAACCACUACUGAGAAGGGCACUGGAACUGGAACUGGAACUGGGACUGGGACUGGUACCGGCACCGGAACAACCACCACAACGACAACUGUUGAUCCGACAACAACCACUACCACCACCACGGAUGCGCCCGAGCACCACCGGAGAAUACAUCGGCGGAGAAGGCGCAUCCUCAGGAGAAUUCGACGCAGGCGUCUAGAAGCCGAGCGAAGACGCCAAAGGGGCUAG